CAACUUUGAGAGAGCUAUUUCACUACUGUCUGCUUUGUACGCGCGCCGUUGCUGCCCUAUGAUUCACUGUGAGACGGAUUAAUUGCAGUGUGCAUCAUAAGCCAUCCGUCAUUUCCCAUCAUCAUCCUCACUCAGGCACUCGUCAUGGCAGCUUUUCAUCAGACAACAGGCAUUACUCCGCUUUGCCUGGACACUGAAGAGGAUGUAGCCACCCUGGAGAGACUGCUCAUGACCCCUUUUGAGCAAGUAUAUAAGCUUUCACCCGAUGGAAAGACUUAUGUGGAGCCAUAUUUACUACUAGGAACGCCAGAGAGCUCGUGGGAUUCGCUCGACGCCUUAUUGGCGAGACAAGAUCCAGAAGCCGAGAAGAAGCGAGAAGCACAUGCUCAUCUUCAGCGUAACCCUAAUGAUAAGGCACUGCAAAAGGUAUUCAAGCACUAUUCCGACAACUCGAGCAAGUUUAAAAAGAUUCGGGACAUCUUUGGAGAGCACGGUAGAUAUCACCCUAACCAGCUUAUUGGAAAGAGAUGUCUUCCUGAGCAAGGGCUGUGUCAAAUGGAGGCCAUGUAUAAGCUUGCCUGCAAAAUAUCUGACCUUCAAUGCUUGCAAAACAAUGGUAAGCUUAUGAUGGAUCCAUUCGAUUUUAUCAGGUGGCGAGUGAUAAAGAAGGCAGCGAGCCUGCUUGUCAUGCCUGGCGACACUCCGAAACCCUUUCUCCGGUCGAUUGUCUAUAGGCUUGGCGAUGAUUGCAACGACAUCAAGGGCAAGAUAUACGAGGAUUCUGUCAUGAGACAGGCAGCUCUUCUUUCGGCUCGGGAGAGAAACCUCCUAAACAGCUACGGCCCCAGAAAGAAGUUUAUCAAGGGCGGUGGGCGGCAGACGCAUUUGCCAUUCAGAAGAGUCAUUCGGAACGUCCAAGCACGGAGACCGAGACUGUUGAGCGGUGAUGUCAAUAACGGCACUUCUGAAGCGUCUAGACAAGUUGAAGGGCAGCAAGCCCGUCCCAAUGCGGUGCCCCCUAUUUAUACUGGCAUUAACGACUACCGAGCCAGACAGCAGCAACGGCUGCAGGCUCAGCGACGCGAGAACGACAAGUAA